AUGGCCAAAACUAAACAAGUCCCAAAGAAAGUCCUAGAGGAAGAGGAAGAGGAGGAAGUCGAAGCCUCAACAGCGCAAAGGGGAAGAUCAGACGAAGAGAAAAUGAGAACCGUCAUCCCCAAACAUUGGCAUCCAGCCUUGCCCAAUAAGACCACCGUGGGCUUGCCCAAUGCCCGGGUUGACUGCUAUCGAAAUGUCGUCUUCCAAAUGCUUCUGCAUAUGCCGAUUCUUCACAAUUGGCUCAUCUGGUAUAUGAACCACCAUGCCCCCAGGGGUUACGUUUGCAAGAUGGGUGAAGAUUUCCGCAGAUGCCAAGUUUGCGAACUUGCCGAGGUCUUCCAAGGUUAUUGGGCAAAUGAAACUGGAAAUUGGAUCUAUACCUUUAGAUAUCUAGCAAGGACGAUCUUGCUUAAGUGGAAACCAAACGGCGAGAAUUCGGAACAAGACCCAGCAGAGUACUUUCAUAAAGUAUACAAAGCCAUCAAAAAGGGCAUCAGGCCUAUGAUGAAAGGAGACUUCGAAGAUAUGUUCGAGGUCGGAAUCAUCCAGAGGAUAGAAUGUGCUGGGGAAAACCCCUGUGCCCCAAGGUGCACCCCGAGACAGCAACCGGUCAUGCUGCUCCCAUUUUCAGAGCACAACACACUCCCCGCCAGGCCUACUUUGGGCGAUGUAGUCAAACAAUACUUUGAAAAUGUGGACGAUCUCGGUACAUGUCAGGACUGUGGAGGCAAGAAGACAUCCACCGACCGAAUUGGACGUUUUCCUGAGCUUCUCGUGAUCCAGCUCAACCGCGCCAAUGAUUUUGGCCAAAAGAUCCAAACCCACGUAUAUCUGACCGAGCAGCUAAAUAUCGAGACACGGUUCAUGGAUGAAUGCUGGGGCAACGAACGAAAAGUCGUCCGGUAUAAACUGACCUCGAUGGUCUUGCAUUUUGGCCAGCAUGUACAAUCAGGUCAUUACAUGAUCGCUGUUAAAAGUAAAGGAGGUCAAUGGUCUAUGGCGAAUGACACUCAGGUCUAUGACUGGGACCCCGAAGGACCCGAGAGCAGCCUGGACUAUCCCGCUACCUGUUAUCUCUUUACAUACCGCCGGUUACCCACGGAAGACGAGGCAGAGAUAAUCCCAGAUGACGAGGCCAUUCAGACCGACUCCGGUUUAUGCUCGGACGAUGAUGUGUUUGAGAAUGUUGAUCCUGGCCCAGGAUUACCCCCGGUCCCUGAGAACACUGUCGUUAAGAUCCCUGAGAACCCUGUCUUUGAGAACCCUGCCUUUGAGAAGUCUGUGUUUGGGAAUUCUAUCUUUGGGAAUUCUAUCUUUGGGAACUCUGUCUUUGGGAGCUCUGUCCCUGAGAACUCUGUCCCUGAGUCAGGCGCCAGUGCCUGGGGAGUUGAUCCCAGGACAUUGGAGAAGUUACUGGAGGUGAUCAUUCCCCAGGUUGUCGAUACCUAUAUAGCCCGCUCAGCGGAUGCGAGGCAUAAGGAGUGGGAUCAAUGGGCGAAGGAAUGGGCGAAGGAAUGGGAGGAGAAGAGAAGAACAACCGAAGGAGCGAACAAAACAGCCGAAGGAGCGAACAUAACAGCCAAAGAAGCGAACAAAUCUGCUAUUUGCCCUGGUUGCGACAAGGAUAUGGUCAAUUGGCAGAAGCAACGAGGAAGACUUCAGGUAACUUUGACUGAAGAUCAGGGGAAUGGGGAAAAGAUCUUAGAUCUUGAAGUUCAAGGUCUACACUACAAUCGACUCAAGAGGAAGGUGGGCAAGGAAGCCGAUAAGGCAGGAGAGUCGGCAAUUACCAAGGUGAUAAAAAGGUUGAAGGGCACAGCGAAGGGAGAUGAAGAGACGGAGACGGAGACGGAGAAGGAGAAGGAGAAGGAGAAGGGAAAGGCCAAGCCAAAGGUGAAGGACUCAGCGAAGGGAGAUGAAGAGAAGGGAAAGGCCAAGACAGCGACCAAGACAGCGACCAAGACAGCGGCGAAGGGAAAGGCGAAGGCGAAGGGAAAGAAGAAGUAG